AUGGGUGUGAUGGUGUGGGCAUGGGCAUCGGUGCUCGACGAGCGGUUUGCGUUUCUGGUGGAGUGGCAUGAUGCGCUUGCGUCGCUGAUGCGGCGUUACCAUCUGUUCUACUACGUGGAGGAUUCGACGCUGGAGAUGUACGACAUCAAGAACCGGCGGACGUUCCUGAAGCGGACACGGUAUGAGGACAUCGAGCUGAGCGACCUGUACAUCGGGGCGACGGUGACGGUGUACUCGCGGCAGCUGCAUGUGAUCGACUACGGCGAUGAGUACACGGCCCAGACGAUCGGGUCGCAGCUAGAGCGAACACUGGCGCUCAUCAAGCCGGAUGCAUACAUCUCGAUGGGCAAGAUUGUGGACGAGGUGUCAAAGGCCGGGCUCUCUGUGGCGCAGGCGCGGAUGGUGAAGCUGACGGAGCGGCAGGCGGCGUCGUUCUAUGCUGAGCACGCGGAGCAGCCAUGGUUUGGCGAUCUUGUUGGGUUUAUGACGUCAGAUGCGGUCAUUGCGCUCGAGCUUGCCGGGCCGUCGGCCAUCUCCAAGUGGCGGGCGCUGAUGGGCGCGACGGAUCCGGCCAAGGCCGAGCCCGGGACGAUCCGGGCCAAGUUUGGCCAUAACGCGACGGCUAACGGCGUGCAUGGGUCGGACUCUGCGGCGUCUGCGGCGCGCGAGCUGGAGUUUUUCUUUUCGGGCGCGGUCUCGUUCGAUCAGACUGCUGUCUUUGACAACUGCACGGCGGUGGUGAUCAAGCCGCACGCGGUGCUGUCAGGCGACAUGGGCCCGAUCCUUGACGCCAUCCUCUACCAGGGCUUUGAGAUUUCUGCCCUGCAGAUGUUCCGCCUCUCUGUGGCGGACGCCGAGGAGUUCCUCGAGGUGUACAAGGGCAUGGUCCCCGAGUAUUCGCUCAUGGUCGAGCAGCUGACCUCGGGCCCGUGCCUCGCACUGGAGAUCCGCGCUGAGUCGGCCGUCGCCGCCUUCCGCGACUUUGCAGGCCCGGUCGACCCGCAGGUGGCGGCCGCGGUCCGGCCGGACACCCUCCGCGCCCGCUUUGGCGUCACCACCGUCAAGAACGCCAUCCACUGCACCGAUCUCGAGACCGACGGCGAGCUCGAGGUUGCCUACUUUUCCGCAUUCUCCAGGAGUAGAGCCCCUCUGAGUAGAGUCAUUGAACACUGUCUUGCCCCCUGUUGCACCGGCUGUAAGGCCGAGGGUGUCUUUCAGCCCCGGCUCCCAGCACGACGUGGCAUUGACGCGCAAUUCGGUGAGCGGAAGGCUGUCGGCCGCUAG